CGACGGUCUAAAGCUACAGAGAAAAAUAUUUACAACGGUAUCUUGGCUCUUGGACCCGCUGUAGAGCCACCGCCAUUUGUUUAUUCCCAAGUGUCCAUCUUAGAUCACAGAGCAGAAAAGCUCCUACUAUUUCCAUGUCUGCAGCUCGUAGAUUAAUGGCCUCCAUCUUCAACUCGUUGCCACCCAAGCAUGGGCUGUCGCUCUGGUGCCCUCGUGCCGAUUCUCUUCAUCCAACUCCCCGGCCUUCUUCGGUCGGAUUCAGUGGCUUCCGGAGAAGCUACGUGGCCGCCUCUUCGGGAUUCGCUAACGACAACCGAGAGUUUGUGAUCGUUGGAGGUGGCAAUGCGGCUGGUUACGCGGCUCGGACUUUCGUCGAACAUGGCAUGGCUGAUGGACGACUCUGUAUUGUGUCUAAAGAGGCAUACGCGCCUUAUGAAAGACCGGCUUUAACGAAAGCUUACUUGUUUCCUUUAGAUAAGAAGCCAGCACGCUUACCUGGGUUCCAUACCUGUGUUGGAUCUGGUGGGGAAAGACAAUCCCCUGACUGGUAUAAAGAGAAAGGGAUAGAGAUGUUUUAUGAAGAUCCUGUAACAAGUAUUGAUAUUGAAAAGCAAACAUUGAUGACAAAUUCAGGCAAGCUGCUUAAAUAUGGAUCACUUAUAAUAGCUACAGGAUCCACGACCUCAAGGUUUCCAGAGAAAAUUGGAGGAAACCUACCAGGGGUUCACUAUAUCCGAGAUGUUGCAGAUGCUGAUUCACUAAUAUCAUCAUUGGAGAGGGCACAGAAGGUGGUCAUUGUUGGUGGUGGUUAUAUUGGCAUGGAGGUUGCUGCUGCAGCUGUUGGCUGGAAACUUGAUACCACGAUCAUAUUUCCAGAUAGUCAUCUUUUGCAAAGACUAUUUACUCCUUCUCUAGCCCAAAGAUAUGAAGAACUCUAUCAAGAGUAUGGUGUCAAAUUCUUAAAGGGUGUCUCCAUUAAAAACUUAGAAGCUGGUCCUGAUGGACGCGUAGCUGCUGUCAAACUGGGGGAUGGAUCUACCAUAGAGGCGGACACAGUAAUUAUUGGUAUUGGAGCAAAACCUGCCGUCAGUCCCUUUGAAAGUGUGCACUUAAACACCACUGUUGGUGGAAUACAGGUUGAUGGUCAAUUCCGGACAAGUAUUCCUGGAAUUUUUGCAAUUGGAGAUGUAGCAGCUUUCCCAUUAAAGAUUUAUGACCGUAUAGCACGAGUUGAACAUGUGGAUCAUGCUCGUCGGUCAGCACAACAUUGCAUUAAAGCAUUACUAAGUGCCCAAACACACACGUAUGAUUAUCUUCCAUAUUUUUAUUCUAGGGUAUUUGAGUAUGAAGGUAGUCCAAGAAAAAUAUGGUGGCAAUUUUUUGGGGAUAAUGUUGGAGAGACGAUUGAAAUCGGAAAUUUCGAUCCUAAGUUAGCUACUUUCUGGAUAGAUUCUGGUAAACUGAAAGGAGUUCUUCUUGAAAGUGGAAGCACUGAGGAAUUUCAACUCCUUCCUAAACUUGCAAGGAGCCAGCCUUUUGUUGACAAAUCCAGGCUUCAGAAUGCAUCUUCUGUUGAGGAGGCUCUAGAAGUUGCUCGGACUGCCUUACAAGUUGAAUCUGCAGCCUAAAAUACUACAAAAUAGAGCAGGAAAAUGUUCAAAGUUCUGAUAAUCAACCGACAAUUUCUUCUCUUACCAAUAUGUAAUCAAUAAAUCUUCAAUAUAACUUUGCAGAAGCAGUAGUUCUAAUAAUGAUGUUUUAUUUGGGGAUUAUCUUUCCUCAUCAUGCUCCAUCCAUAGGAGUUUUAUGGAAUCUUUGGUUGUGCACCAAAGAAAGUAUGCAGAGAGAUAGAAAUGGUACUUAUGUAUGCAAUAUAAUAUUUUAUUUUUUAUUAAUAUAUGAAAUCCAAAUAAUCUAA